UUUCUUUCAAAACAAAUUCGGAAUGUGAAAAAGUUGAGUGGAGAUACAAAAAAGGAAAAUCGAACUGUGCCUUCCCCUCUGCACGCCAUGAGCGAUCCAAUUUCCGGCACCUUGCCCCGAUUCGUGUACAACAGCCUGCUGCUUGGCAGUGCCAGCUAUGCGGCUUGGUGCAUCGACUCGGAUACAUAUCCUUGCGCCUUUGCUGCCUGCGUAGUGGGCGGGGUCUCAGCACUGGUGGGAAUAUUGCGCGCCCUUUUCGGCUCCGGGCAGGCGGAGGAGUAUCGCAAGCUGCGCGACGUAAACAGUGGAGUAUUGGAGCUGGUGCCACUGCCUCUGGUCAAUAUUGAUCUCUAUGCUGAGUCGCAGGGUAUGGGUGCCUUGGCCCUGGGCCAUUGUGUGUUCGUAGUGGCAUUAUCCUUCGACUUGGGCUGUUCGCUGGCAAAGGAUAGAAAGGACUGUGAUAUCAGUGAAAUGUUGCGCGAUCUCACCGUCAUGGGCAAUAUUAUAUCUCUGGGAUUUUUGGCAUUUAUGGAACGAAAUUUUAUCUAUGUGCGUAUGGCGCUGAUCAUGGGGGUCAUGAAGUAUGGUUCGCUGUUCGUGGAUAGCAUUCACGAAGGCGUUGGCGAGGACUUGCAGGUGCUGGGCACAGCCAUUUUUCUAUACUGGACGGCCAAGGCGUUUAAUGCGGACCUCACCGACUAACCGCCUUAAGUUCAAGCGAGUUAAGUGUGCUCAUGUCCUGUGGUUAUUCUAACUCAAACUCCCUUCCUUGUUUCAACUUCGAAAAGGUUUUGUAUUUCGGCCGCACACUCACACAAUUUUUCCACUGAAAUUCAACGUGUAUUGUAUUAAAUUUCAUUUGAGUGGCUUUUCAA